UGUCCCCCUCCUCUUUAAUAUUUGACUUCCACAUCCUGUCUUUACAUAAAAACAAAUAAUGUCGCCCACAAUCACACACCAGCGUACUGCACUUGGAGAUGUUACCCCAAACAAUCUUGGCCAACUUCGUAAACUCAAUACAAUAUUGUUUCCUGUAAACUAUGGCGAGAAGUUUUAUAAUGACUUGGCUGAGGCUGGAGAAUUGGCCAAGUUGGCUUAUUACAAUGAUGUGUGCGUUGGUGCUGUGUGUUGUCGUAAGGAUAAUGUUGAUGGCAAGACAACGAUCUACAUGAUGACCUUGGGUGUUCUUGAGCCUUACAGACGUCUUGGCCUUGGUCAUCAAUUGUUGGGACAUAUCUUGGAACAGGCCAAGGAUAUGAAGCCUGCGGUUGAAUCUGUCCAACUUCAUGUUCAGACAACCAAUGAUUCUGCCGUCGCUUUUUACAAGAAGUAUGGCUUUGAGGUUACAAGCACCGUCAAGGAUUACUAUAAAAAGAUUGAACAAAGAGAUGCUUAUGUCCUCACAAAGACCAUCGAACACUAAUAAGCAUAUAUAUAUGAGGCUGUGGCUGUGUGUGUGUGUGUGUAUUGAUAUCCACACAUUUAUAUACAUAUAUACGUACACGCACACACACACACACAUAUAUAUCAUAAAAUAAAAAUAAACGCGUCUAAUCAAGCACUAUCAGACAUGU